UUCUCCCACGUGCUAGUUGACGCAGGUCGUUGGAGAAACACCAACAUUGGCCGAACAAUCACGUGUACGGUGCUCGCCAAAAAAAAGAAUUGUGCUGUCUAGAAAGGAACAUAGCAAGAAAACUGUGCAGUGUUGUGUUAUGAUUUACAAAGUCCUUCAUAAGGAGGAGAUAGGACAGCUUAAGGAGGAAUUAUCACUAGGACUACCGGGAACAGCUAAGAUAUAUUAUGUGAUAAGGAACGCUUUAGAUGACAAUCUGAGCGGGUUUGAAGUAAUAGUGGACAAUUGGCCGAAAUGGAACUGUAUUCUACUGCGUCCUGAAUCACCCGAUAAGGUGCUGAACUAUUUCAGACAGACCCAUAUAUGUCACACCAAAAGUGUUUCUGCCUUGAAAUAUUUUCUUCAGAGACCUGGUCUUAUCAGCUGGAAUCAACCUAUUAACUUCACAGGGGUCCCUAAUGAUGUCGUACCUGUUUUGAGUGAAGUUUGCAGGAAACAUGGCGGUCAAAUAACAUCGAAGGAGUCUCGAUUAAUGUACGCAUGGAGCAAAUCUACGCCACCAGACAUGCCUAAAAUUCCAGAAGGGGUAACUUUGUCAUCAUUAAAAUCUGAACAUGCCAAGAUAUUGCAGAGUGACUGGGCGAAGCAAGGCAACGCCGUUGAAGUAGAAGGCUACUUUCAAAGUGUUAUCGAAAAGUUUGAAAGCAGCUGUCUCCUAGAUCAUAAUGGCCGAAUUUUAGCCUAUAUCUGCAUGCAGUACAACGGAUCUAUAGCCAUGAUUUAUGUUCUACCCGAGUUCAGAAAAGAGGGAUAUUUUGAUAUUCUUGUAAGUGACCUUACACGAAAACUUUUAGCCAAACAGGAUAUUGCAUACGGCUUCAUUCCGUUCACGGAUACUUCUCUUAUAAAUCUCUCUCGAGAACUUGGUUUUGAGUGGGUUCCACAAGGCAACAUGACAUGGACAAGAUACACCCCUAACGUUCAUCAAAGACAACGACAAAAAGCAGCCUCGGAGUCAGAUGUUAGUGAUGUGUUUUCCAACAACCUCGAUACCUUACUGAAAACCCAGCUUGGUGUUCCGCUAGUCAAUAUAUGACGUAUACAUGUAGGUUUACAUUGAAAGCAAUUCCUUGGACAACAUAUCAACCACUGUUAAUGUACAUUUUUGUCCUUUGUUAUCUCGUAUAUUUAUUACUUUUAAUUGUUGAAUUUGAAGAUGAACAAAGUGCUUUUUGGAAUGGACCAGUUUAUACGUUUUGUCUCUUUUAUGAAUGUUUGGGUUUGAUGGAAUUAUUUUCACGUAUUUGUUCUUGUUAGAUCUUUAUAUAGUGUGUAUCAUGAUGAAAAAAACUUAAGAAGAUCUUGCUUGAUGUAAUAUAAAAAAAUUAUCACAACCGACAGUAAUUAAAAAAAAAAAUCCUUUGCUUCAAUGUAAUAGAAUUAUAGAUAUAUAUUAUUCUUAAAUGUUUAAAUGAGAAAAACCACAGGAAUCGGGCUAUAAAAAUAUACUGUUUGCUCUCAUUCACUUGGUAGCUGCUUCCAGAUUCCUUAAGUUCGAAUUCGUUUCACUGUUACAUGGUAGAACUGAUGUCUCCUUUCUUUCUUUAAUAUUAAAUUUCACUCUGUUCCGAAAACUUUCAUGCAUUAGAAUUCUUGUCCAGAUAUUCUUAUCAAUUGACUUUUGGAAUUUAGAUACAUUGUACGCGGUAUUUGUUUAAAGCCUUUGACCAAUUAAGUGUUGUUUUUAUCUAUUGUUCGUUUUCCUGAUUCAUUUUUCACAGAAAAAUGAUGUAAGUUAUGCAUUGUCAGAAAAACGGAGAUCAAAAGGAAAUAAAAUUUAAACGAAAGUA